UCCAGCAAAGCGGAUGGGUCAAGUAUAACCGGUCCGAGUUAUGACCAUUGGUAUGGAGUUACGUGCGUCGUCGUCGUCGUCGUCGUCGUCAUCGGGUGGCGGCAAAGGCAAGCAGUCUGGUGCAGCCGUUCGAAGAGCAAGAAAUUUACUACAAAAGGCAUACGAGUUGGGAAUUGUUGGCGCAGACUUUGCGGCACCGUUUUGUGUACAAGUAGCGUGCUACCGCGGAGGAAAAUCGAUGACUCCGAUUAUCGUUAAUCAGGAUUUAAUAAUGAUCACCCCAAGGCAAGGCGAACGUGCAGCAGCAGCAGUAGCAGCAGCACCGUGCAGAGCAACUGAAGUCGGGUUCCAGGGUGGCUGCAACGCCGUUGAGCAUUAGGCGUAGGGGGAACCCCUCAGCUUAUUCCGUCCCUGAGCCUGAGGCCUUGCGAGAAGUUAUACGGAGAGGCAGGUUGGCGAUCGGGCCAGACAAGCAGACUGGCACUAGCAUUGCCUGCGGAGUGAUCACGAGGAAUUAAAUGGUGAACGAACGGACGAGGAAACGCUGCACCGCUGCUUUCGCUUUGUACGGAAAAAAGGGACGCGUGAAAAUAAGUAAAUAAAUAAGUGCGAGUGAAAGUAGGAAAAAUUGUUUACAGUGUAACAAGUUCGAUAAAAGUAAAAGGCUAAAAAUCAUUGACAAACAAAGUGAAUAAUCAACCGGG